AUGCUUUCCGGCGUGUUAAUUUUCAAUCAAAAAGGCGAAAACCUCAUCUUUCGCGCAUUCCGCAAUGACUGCCGACCGCGACUCGCUGAUGUCUUUCGCAUCCAAGUCAUUUCCAAUGCUCAGGUCCGCUCUCCGAUCCUGACGCUCGGCAGCACGACCUUUAGCCACGUCAAGCAUGAAAACAUCUACCUCGUCGCUAUUACGAAAAGCAAUGCCAAUGCUGCACUGGUAUUCGAGUUUCUUUACCGCCUUAUCCAGCUCGGCAAAGGCUACUUUGGCAAAUUUGAUGAGGAGGCCGUCAAGAACAACUUUGUCUUGGUGUACGAAUUAUUAGACGAAAUCAUUGACUUUGGCUAUCCUCAAAAUACCGAAACCGACACGUUAAAGAUGUACAUCACCACAGAGGGCGUCAAGUCCGAGUCCCGACCCGAAGACACGUCCAAAAUUACGAUGCAGGCCACAGGCGCCUUGUCAUGGCGCAAAGCAGACGUACGAUAUCGAAAAAACGAGGCAUUUGUCGAUGUCAUCGAAGAUGUUAAUCUGCUCAUGUCAGCCACGGGCGCAGUCCUGAGAGCCGAUGUCACUGGCCAAAUUGUCAUGCGAGCGUACCUUUCUGGCACUCCAGAGUGCAAAUUCGGCCUCAACGACCGACUCCUCCUCGACAACGACGGGUUGAAGUCUCUUCAAAGUGGGAAUAAGCUCGGGUCCAAAGCAACAAAAGCUGCGGCGGGCAGUGUUACUCUGGAAGACUGCCAAUUUCACCAGUGCGUUCGACUGGGCAAGUUUGACAGCGACAGAAUUAUCAGCUUUGUCCCUCCCGACGGCGAGUUCGAGCUCAUGAAAUACCGCGCGACAGAAAAUGUCAAUCUACCCUUCAAGGUCCAUGCGAUUGUGAACGAGGUUGGCCGAUCAAAGGUAGAAUACAGCAUCGGCGUUAAGGCAAACUUUGGACCCAAGCUUUUUGCCACCAACGUCAUUGUCCGCAUACCGACGCCGCUCAACACCGCCAAGAUUAUAGAGCGAUGCACUCAGGGCAAGGCCAAGUAUGAGCCUAGCGAGAAUUGUAUCGUCUGGAAGAUUGCUCGCUUCACGGGUCAGAGCGAAUACGUGCUGAGCGCCGAAGCUCUCCUCACGAGCAUGACAAAUCAACGCGCCUGGAGUAGGCCGCCUCUGAGUCUCAAUUUCAGUCUGCUCAUGUUCACAAGUUCAGGCCUGCUCGUACGAUACUUGAAAGUUUUUGAGAAAAGCAAUUAUUCUAGCGUCAAGUGGGUGAGAUAUAUGACACGGGCGGGUUCAUAUGAAAUACGAUUCUAG